ACAAGGGAAAACUGGAUUGUAUAUAAUCCAAACAAACCAAAGCCACCAUCUCUUUUUCCCUUGUCUCAAAAACAAGUUGCAGUUCCACUCAAACUCGCAAUCUGAUCGCUAAUAGCACCUCCCUUCGAGAUUCCGCGAUUGACACCAUUCAACUACACUCUGAGGGUUGAAUUUUUGUCAUGGCGAAAGUAAGUAAGGGAAAAAAAGUUAUACGAAUUGGGGAAAAGAAGAAAAAGAGUAACAUGGAACAAAAUGCUGAUGUUGAGACACAUGUUACAGUGAACAAUGAUGUGGAUAAUGGAAUGCAGCUUAUAAAGGGGAAAAAGGCGAAAGUUAUUACUAUCCGAGAAAGGAAGAACAAGGACAAAAAUCUAGUUGGAAGAGAAAAACCAGAAGUUGUUGACGUAGUUGUAGAAGAGAAAAAUGUGGAUCAUGGAAUGCAGGUUACAGAGGGAAAAAAGGUGAAAGUUUCAACUGGCCGAAAAAGGAAAAACAAGGACAAAAAUCUAGUUGGAAGAGAAAAACCAGAAACGGUUGAAGUUGAUUUAGAAGAGCAAAAUGUGGAUCCUGAAAUGGAGAUUAUAAAGGGAAGAAAGGUGAAAGCUACUACUAGUCGAAAAAGGAAGAACAAGGACAAAAAUCUAGUUGGAAGACAAACACCAGAAGAUGAAGUUGAUUUCGAAGAGAAAAAUGAUGGAGUAGUGGAACAUAGUGAUUCUAAAGAAGAGGAAGUCAAAGACUCCAAGAAGCAUAGAGAUUCUAAUGUUGAAGCAGCUAUCAAACCCUGUAAGUCAAAGCAAGCCAAGAAGAAAAGAAGAAAGGAAGUUAUAAAAUCACCAGAAAAGAGAGAACAAAAUCAUCAGGAUGACAUUCAUAUUAUUUCCUCUGGAGAUGAUGACUGCUCACAUGGAAUUAAAAAGUGGAUCAUGGAAUACCAUCAAAAUAGACCAGGGUUGGAGGUGUUGCAAAAUCAAAUUGAAGACUUUUUAACUACUUACGAAGAAAAAUUGGAAGAGGAAAGAAAAGCAAAAGAAGCCCUUGCUGCAGAAGGGGGAUGGACGGUGGUUCAACACCACAAGGGUAGGAAGAAAACUACUGACUCUGAAAGUGGGAUUGCUGUGGGCUCGGUUGCUCAAGCUGCUCUAGAGAAUAAAUUGGCCAAAAAGAAAAAUAAAGAAGUUGGUCAAGAUUUCUACCGCUUUCAAAAAAGAGAAGCUCAGAGAAAUGAGCUAAUGGAAUUGCAGAGCAAAUUUGAGGAGGAUAAAAAACGUCUGCAGCAGUUGAGAGCUGCUAGGAAAUUCAGACCUUAUUAAAUGAUCUUGAUGUUAUAGCAGCCAAGAUUCAUGGUUCUUGUCUUAGGGGAGCAGAUUUUAUUUAUGGAAGUACUGAAGUUGAACUAUCCCUUAGUCCUGACUCCUGACAAAUUUUGUUCAUUUACCAUUCCAAUUUUGUCAAAAAUAUUUGUAAAUGUAAGGAAGUAGUUAUUUUAGUUCGAGUUAUAUGAUUUUUUCUAGGUUGGCGACAAUGCGUGUUCCUUAUGCCUGUCAAAAUUAUUUGUAUGCUUCAAGAAAUAGUAUCAUGAAAGGGUGGUUUCUAUCAUGGACCACCAAUUUAGGUGUUCCAUGAAACACCAUGAAUUUUGGUCCUUAAAUUUAUCUCAUUUUCACUAUCAAGGCAUUCUUCUAUGAUCACAUGACGAAAUGAACAAUGUUUUUCUUUAUCAA